AUGGGCAGCGCCAGGACGGGCCGGGAUGGGCACCGGGAGCUGCUGCGGGUCCGGGAUGCGGAGCUGGUGCCCCGCGGGACCGCCACGCUGCCGGGGACAGCUCACAGGCGGCCCCGGAGGCAGCGGGACCCGGGGCUGACGCUGCCCCCGGCUCCGAGCAGGGCCAGCUCCGCGCUGCGCAGUGCCCGCCUGGACCCGGCUGCCCCCGGACUGGCCACCCCCAUGCCGGACACGCCGAGGGGCUGCUCCCCUGGGUCCCCCAAAUCUGCCCUCAUCUACAGCAACGUGGGAGAGCUGCGUGCCCACCUCGUUCCCCGCAAGGCCAGCCGAGGGGAGGGCGCUGGGAGACCCCUCUCUCGGCCCGACCCCGACCCCCUGCCGCCCCCGCUGCCCAAAAAGCAGCUCCAGCGAGCCGAGUCCCUCCCGGAGCCGGGAUCAUCCCGCGGCUGCCACGGCGACCCUGAGCCGCGGGCUGGCAGCGUCCUCUACGGCAUCCCCGCACCCCUCCGGCGGCUCGGGCAGGGGGCUUCCCCUCCGGACAGACCCUCCUGGGCACCCAAGAAGCCGCUGACCAAGUCCCAAAGCCUGGGGGAGCCGCUGGCCCGGAGCAGCCCCCAGACAGCCCCGCUCCCCAGCCUGAAGGAGCUGACAUUCGGGACGGCGGACGGGGAGCUGGGGCAGCUCCUGGAGAGCCCGGCCGGGGUCUGUGGGGUGAUUUUGGGGUGCCAGGAGGCCUCCCUGGCCCGGCUCUCGGCUCACAUGCAGGAGGAGCUGAGCGGGGACGCCUGGUACUUCAGGGUGGGCUUCACCUUCGAGCACAGCCAGCUGCAGUUUGCAGCCAAGGUCCCCAAGCCGUGCUGCUCCAGCCUGGGCGUGCAGAGCUUCCUGGGGACGCACUGCAGCAUCCAGCGCCUGCUCGGCCGCUUCACCGACCGCCUCCCCCCGGAGCUGGUGCUCCCAGGAAUCCCUGGAAAACAGAGUCAGAGCCCUUCCAGGGAGGAACCAGCCUGUCCUGCCCCCCAGCCUGUCCUGCAGGUGCUCCUUUGUGCCGAGGUUCCCCAGCAGACCCUGGCAGACUUCGUGAAGAGCUCCCACGCUUUGCACAGGACCAGCCCCGGGCACUACGAACGCCUGGGCUGCCUCCUGCUGCUGCAGCUGUGCAUGGGGCUGGAGCACCUCCGGGGGCAGAACGUGGCCCAGGGGGACCUCUGCCCCGAGAACCUGCUGCUGGUGCAGUGCCCGUGUCCCCCCCGGAGCCAGCAGGGCCAGAAGGAGCCGCUGGGGCUGUCCCUCCCACGGCUGCUCAUCAGCAGCUUCUUCAAGGUGCAAGAGAGGCAAAGACCUUGUUCCAGCAGCCAGGAGCAGGACUGGAGCCGGGGUCUCGCUGCGCCCUCCCCUCCAGCAGCAGCUGAGCUGAGUGUGGGCAGGCUGAUCUAUCAGAUCUUGCACGUGGACAUCUCCCUGGAGAACAUUUUGGGCUUCGGGAGCGAAAGGCUUCCCGAAAUCCCCUCGCUGUCCAUCUACUCGGUGGGACUGAAGCGUUUGGCCACGCUGCUCCUGCACAGGGACCCUCACCAGAGGGUGUCCGUCGAGCAGGCCAGGGGCAUCCUGCAGGUGCUGCUCUGGGGGCCGCGCCAGGAGCUCUUUGGCCAGAGCAGGAGGAGCCCGGCGCUGCUCCGGAGCUGGCUGGAGGUCAAGAGGGCUCUGCUGCUCCUGAGGUUUGCGGAGAACUCGGCUGGGGCCAGGGCCAGCCCCGGCCUGGAGGAGUGGCUGUGCUGCCAGUACUUCCAGGGGGUCACCGAACACACCCUUAACCAAAUCACCCAGAUCCUCUAUGAUCCCUAAACCAGCCCCCAGUUCAGCCUACCCAAAGGUCUCCUCAAAGGCAACCUGGCCAAACCUGUCCCUGCCCAUGGCAGGGGAGAUGAAACUAAAAUAUUUUUAGGGUCCUUUCAGCCCAAAUCAUUCCACGAUUCUAUGAAAUCCACCAGUUCCUGAGAAAUCCAAGCAGGUCCUCGCUGGGAAAACAAAUCUAAACCCACUCCCCUCAUAGGCCAUGAAUGAUAAAGUUGGGAUCAAACUCCCAAACACAGGGUGUGGUUUUAUAUCCUCAAACAAUUUUUGCUCAAUCCUCUAAGUCUGGUUUAUCAGAACAUCUGAGGAAAGGCAGCUGGAUGGGAGCCCCAAGCACCAAUUUAGUGGCUGAUAAUGCCAAGUAAAGUUUAUGGGGUUCAGACUUUGCACAAAACCCCCUCAGAGCCUUUUUGCAGCCACCAGGUUUUUGCUGUUUUAAGUAACACUCAAAGCCACCCAUCCAUCACAGCUCACCCUUCUCAGCGAAGGAGAAACAACAGCUCCUUCAGCCUGUGCUUCCCAGAGACAAUUUGUGGCACAGUCACAAAUAAAGAUGACAUUUU